CAAAAAUUACCACAGUAGUAUCGUUGUCAACAAAGGGAGUGAAAAAAUUUUCUGUGAAAUUUUCGGAAAAACUUUUCAAACCAAUGGAAAACGAUGAGACAGUCGAUGAUCGGUCCGAUGAGGUUCCGAUUCUGCCGGUGGAACUGCCAAAUUUGCCGGAGCGAGAUCAGGGACACAGUCAGCGUUUGAGUCGGAUGCGGUUUGUGCAAGUUUCGGUUAAUGACGACGAGGCACAGGAGGAACUGGACGAUGGUCCAAUUGUUGAGGAACCAGUGGGAGGUUCGGAUCAAGAAGAAGGUAGCUCAGAUCAGCAGGAAUUGAUGGAAGCUGAUGCCCCCAGUGACAGUAGCAGCACUGAACGAUCUAACAAUUCGUCUGAAAAUGGGUUGGACGAUUCGGAUGCUGAUCGAUUGUUUGACGAUUACAUUCAUAGCCGAGAGCAGCAGCAGCUGACCGCGGCGGCAACUUACAAUACCGAACUGCCAACAGAACAUGCCUACCUUGGCAAACUGGAGCGUGUUGAAGGAGUUGAUUAUUUGGAGCCAGGGAAAGUGUUCUGUCUACCAAUCUGUACCCAUCAUUCGAUUGUAUUUCCUGGAGAAAUUGUCCCAAUGAUCUUGAAUGAGGCUACUCUGAAUUGCAACGACCCCUCGGAUGGAGUAAAGUUCGGAUUAAUUUUUCGAACUGCGUUUCCUGACAAAUUUUACUAUGGCGUAACCUGUCAAGUAUUCGAGCGAGGCGAUCACGACACCAGUGGAUCGAUUGUGGUGAAAACCAUCGCACUGCAAAGGUUUCGCAUGGUGCGCCACACGGCUGGUAGAAGGGCAGAUGUUCUUAUCCUACCGGAGAUUUUACUGCCUGAUCCGUUGCUGAGUAGUUGCUCGAAUCUAAUGAAGCGCCAUGCAUUCAGCAACAAGAAAGAGUUGUCACACCGAUUCAAGUCAUUCAUGUCACAUGUCAUGGUGUGGCCAAAAUUUGUCUACGAUCAGUACGGGACCGAGGAGGUACUGGCAAAGGUCGAGCGGUAUUUGGCGUUUUUGAAGAUUACUAGCGUUCCUAGCGAUCCGGUCAAGCUGUCAUUUUGGCUGGCAAGAAAUGUUCCCAUUGAUGAACGAGAUCGAAGACUGAUCUACCAGGCCGAUGCUGUUAUCAGUCGUAUGCUGGUGAUCAACAAAUCACUAGACAACAGAUUCCAGACAUGCUAUUUUAUGUGUAAACGUUGCGAAAACGAAAUCGCCAGCUACAAUGAAAUCUUUGCCAUGAGCAAACAGGGCGUCCAGACGAGCUACUGUAAUCCGUCCGGAUACGUUCAUGAAACGUUGACCAUCUACAAAACCAAGGAAAAUUCCACAUUCGUUGUGGACCGUCCCUCGACGGCAUUCAGCUGGUUUCCGGGUUACGCAUGGCAAAUUACGCUCUGUGCCAGUUGUCGACAGCAUUUGGGCUGGAAGUUUGUGGCCACCAAGAAAAAUUAUCUGCCAGUAAGUUUCUACGGUUUGACAGGCAGCAGUAUCAAGGUAAAUUCGACCGUUGAAGUUACCUCGGAAAACAUCGCUGAUGGUGAUGAUGAUGAUGAUGAUGAUGAUAAUGAUGAUGGCGAUAAUGGUGGAAGUGGCGCUCAGAGACAAAUCAUGCGACGACGACGACGACGACGGGGUUCGCGGGACAGUAGCGAAUCAGAAAGUAGCUUCGAUAUAAUAUACCAAGUGAUGGAUGUGGUGGAAGAAGAGCGGGGCAAUGUGGUUAAUGCCGCUGAGCCACCAAUUGAACUGGGUCAGGUUGUGGACGUAGAAGAUGGAGUAGCAGCAGCAGCAGCAGCAGAAGAAGAGGAUGAGGAUCGAUUUCAGGAUGCGACAGAGUAAUAAUUUCUUCUCAUUGAACCAAGAAGGUUUUUUCGUUCUGUUUAUUGUUCAGAAAGAUCGCAGCGGUCUUGUACUACUCACUAAUACGCAAUAACUCUGUCGUAUCGAUUUUAGUUGAAUAAAAUGUUCUAUCAAAAAUACAUAAACAA